UGCUAAUAAUUCCACUACCACCACCGGUCGGUGUGGAUUGAACUGGGUCACCUAAUAAUCAUCAUCUCACCUGGUCUUCUCCUCUCCACACACAGCUAAAGUAUCCCUCAAAAAAAUGUCCCGCAUCCCCAAGUUGACAACCACAACCCCGAUAGCCUGGACAAAACAUCAAGUUCGACCAGCAGCAGCAGAUAAGACAAAUGAUAAGCCAGCCUCAUCACAGUCGUCGUCAUUCCUGGUGGGAAUGUCCACGCUCCCCACCUCCGUGUGGUCCCCCUCCCCCCUGCACGGCUUCAUCCCAGGCACAAUCACCGACCUGGGCUCCACGACCCUCACGAUCCUCACGACGGACCCGGUCACAAAGAAACAGCAAACCAUCGAGACUUCCCACUUUUCCGUCUUCCCAGCGCAGGAUGGAGACGUGGAUUUCGAUGAUAACUGUGGGUUGAUGUACUUAAAUGAGGCCACGUUACUGGAGAAUCUGAAGAGAAGAUGGGAAAAGGGGGGGAUUUAUACCUACACGGCCAACAUGCUCAUCGCCUUGAAUCCCUACACCCCUUCUACCUCGCUUUACUCUACGUCGACCAUCCAAAAAUACCAGGGUCGCUCCCUGGGCACUCUUCCACCGCACGUUUUCGCCAUUGCUGACAAGUCCUAUAGGGAUAUGAAGACGAUGAAAAUGUCCCAGUCGAUCAUUGUCAGUGGGGAGUCGGGGGCGGGGAAGACGGAGAGCACGAAAUAUAUUUUAAAGUAUCUUUGUGGGUCUUGGGGGAGUGAGGCGGGGGUCGUGGAGAAGAGGGUGUUGGAUGCAAACCCGCUCCUGGAAUCCUUUGGAAACGCAAAAACCACGCGGAACAAUAAUUCCUCGAGAUUCGGGAAAUUUAUAGAGAUCCAUUUCGAUGAGAAAUACCGGGUCAGCGGGGGCUACAUCAGCCAUUAUUUACUGGAGAAGAGCAGAAUCCCCUCCCAAUCGCCCUCGGAACGCAACUACCACAUAUUCUACCAGCUCCUCUCGGGCCUCCCCGCCACCAUAAAAACCACCCUCGGAAUCAACUCCCCACCCUCCUCAUUUAAAUACUUAUCCUCUGGCCUGUGCGAAUUCUUCGGCGAAAAACUCCGUGACCCCGUCGUCCACGAUAAGAACGAUUUCCUAACUCUGGAAUCCUCCUUUAAAAACUUGGAUAUAAAAUGCACCCAAGAAAUCUACCAAAUCAUCGCUUUAGUAUUGCACAUAGGAAAUCUAGAAUUCCAAGAAGAUGAAAACCUCACUUCCAAAGGGGGAUGUAAAAUUGUGGAGAAUGAGAACUUAGAUUUUGUCGCUGAUUUGGCUGGGUUGGACAAAAAAGAGUUGAUCACUGCGUUGACCUCAAGAGUCAUGCAGACCGCUAAAGGAGGGUCCAAAGGGACCGUGAUACAAGUUCCGUUGAAGAAAUAUGAGUCAUUUCAAGCCCGUGAUGCAUUAGCAAAAUCGAUCUACAACAAAUUGUUUGAUUUCAUCGUAUUGAAAAUUAAUGAAUCUAUCCCCACACCGAACAACUCAUUUAAAUACAUUGGCGUUUUAGAUAUCGCAGGGUUUGAGUAUUUUACUGUUAAUUCUUUCGAGCAAUUUUGCAUAAAUUACUGUAACGAGAAAUUGCAGCAGUUUUUUAAUGAGCGGGUUUUGAGGGAUGAGCAGGAAUUGUAUGAAAAGGAGGGAUUGAACGUGGCAAAGAUCGAAUUUAUUGAUAAUUUGGAUUGCAUCGAGUUAAUAGAGAAUCGUCCGGGGAUACUAAGUUUAUUAGAUGAAGAGGGGAAACUGCCAAAACCACUGGGGUCACAUUUCACGGGGCAGGUUCAUAGCGUGCUGGGGAGUCAUUUUAGGUUGGAGUUACCUCGUAAAAGUAAAAUAAAAGAGCACCGUGAGAUUUUAGACAGCGAAGGAUUUAUCAUUCGUCACUUCGCAGGUGCGGUGUGUUACGACACGAGGUUUUUUCUCGAUAAGAACAAUGACGCGUUGCAUUUUAGCUUGGAGAUUUUGCUGCAGAAUUGUAGUAAUGAGUUUUUAAGGACUUUGUAUAGUUUGAGUAAAAUUGAAUUUACCGGGAAACUAGGGUUUGUGAGCGUGGCGGGGAAGUUUAAAAAUCAGCUGGGGGAGUUACUCGAGGAGAAGUUGAGAGUUACAGGGACGAGUUUUGUGAGGUGUGUCAAGCCGAAUUCGAAGAGUGGGGGGAUUUGGGAAGGGGGGUUGAUUUUGAGUCAGUUGCAGGCGGCGGGGAUGACAUCUGUGUUGGAGUUGAUGCAGGGGGGCUUCCCCUCCCGCGCGCAUUUCCAAUCUUUAUACUCCACCUACUCCUCCCUCCUCCCGCCAAAACUAUCAAAACUGGACCCGCGCUUUUUUUGCCGCGCGCUGUUUCAAGCAGUUGGAUUAUCCGAGCAAGAUUUCAAGUUUGGACUGACCCGGGUGUUUUUCCGGCCCGGGAAAUUUAAAGAAUUUGAUUUAGUCAUGCGGUCGGAUGGGGAUGCUCUGAGGGAAAUGGUGGCAAAAGUCGGGAAGUGGAUCGUGGUUAGCAGGUGGAAAAGGGGCAUUUUCGGGGUGUGGGCCGGGGUUAAACUGCAAAACAAGAUAACCUACCGUCGCCGUAAUUUAAUAAUAAUCCAAAAAACCAUCCGGAUGUACCUCGCCAAGAAGAAGCAUAAACCUCGCUACGUCGCCGUGGGGAAAUUAAACUUAUUGCUAAAAAGGGUUAAAGAGUGCGAGGAAUCGGCGGGAAAAUUGAAAAACAACGCGCAAAUGCGGGGGGAUGUUGAAUUGGUUAAAAAUGAGAUUUUAAAUGGGGUCAGGAGGAUUAAAACCACGCCUAAUUUAAGUUUAAAAGAUGUUGAAAAAAUAGCAAACGACGGAUUAAAAUCCAUGGAAAAUUUAGUUAAGAAAAUUUCUGAGAAGAUUCAACAGGAGAAAAAUCAGGAGGAAAUUGAAAAAGCGAGAAAGAUUCAGUUGGAAAUGGAGAGGGUUAGAUUAGAGAAGGAAAAGGAAGAGGCGAGGAGGCUGGAGGAGGAGGCCGUUAAAAAGAGAAAACAAGAAAUGGAGCAGAAGCGACGUGCGGAGGAUUUACAACUCGCGAAUUUAGAGAAAUUAGCCUCAGCGAAUCUGACCACCCGGCAAGCCCCUAAUAAUUUCCAGUCGGAAGAAGCCCAGGAGAAAAGGGACGUUGAAAUGGCCUUGAGAUUGGCGAGGGAGGAGGGGAGCACGGUGGACAUCACGGAAAAUUCUGGUGGAGGAUUGAAAAGGAGCGAAUUUGUUAAUAAAAUUAAGGAAAAGAAACAUGAUUUGUCGGGCUGGAAGUAUUCUGAAUUGAGGGAUGCUAUAAAUACGAGUUGCGAUGUGGAGUUGUUGGGGGCGUGUCGAGAGGAAUUCCACCGCCGGCUAAAAGUGUACCACGCUUGGAAGGCAAAGAAUUCUAAUAAAUCCAAGCCCCAAGUAACCACUUCUGCCGCACCAACUCCAGGGAACACAAACACCGACCCCCUCCGCGCCCCCCUGUCCGUGUACGACUACCAGAAAUCCCACGCACCCACGAAACACGAUAACGGGACAAGUCCAGAGAACCGUUACUUCAGAAUCCCUAUCAGUAAAGAUAACGGGUUUAAUCGGGGGCUGUGGUAUGCGCACUUUGUGGGGGAGUUUAUCCAGAGGCAGAUGGAGGUGCAGGGUGGGGGUGGGGGGCAAGCGGGGGUGAAGAAGAUGGUGGCGGGCCGAGACGACAUGCAAAUGUGCGAAUUGAAACUGAGCGAAACGGGGCUGGCGAGGCGGCGAGGGGCGGAGAUUUUAGAGUAUGAAUUCGAAAAGGAGUGGGGCAAGUGGGGGGAUUAAAUAAUUUUCUUUUAGUUUUGUGGUGUGAAAAUAAAUGUGGUUUUAUUUAGUA